GUCAUUUCCCUCUGCUUUUCGUCAUCGUCGACUUGUCCUCGUUCGCCAUGGCAGACGAAGCACUCAUAUACUCCGAACACCACUACGGUGAACAUGAGCUGCAAAGGGUUGGAGUCUGGGAAUUCCCAGAGGGACACCAGCAUGAUGAUGAAGGACAUUGGAUAAUAUUCAUCCACGGCGGAGCUUGGCGAGACCCCCAGCAGCUUCUCACGGCAUUCACCCCUUCUAUCAGAGCAAUGCUCCGUUCCGCUCCCGCUGUUGCCAAGGGAGUAGAUCGCCCUUCCCGCAUCGCCGGCUUCGCCAGCAUCGACUACCGACUCUCGCCGCACCCGCAGUUCCCUCAAGACCCGUCAUCCGUCCCCCCCACCAAAUUACGCAACGCUCGUCACCCGGAUCACCUCCUCGAUGUCCGCGCCGCCCUGACUUUUCUGCAGCGGCGGUUCCCUUCCAUCGCGGAUCGCUACGUGCUCGUGGGCCACUCCGCGGGCGCCACAUUGGCCUACCAGCUCCUCAUGGGAUCCGCCGCCCUCGGUCCAAGAGCCGCCGAGGCGGAACGGGACAGCGCCGCGCCGUUACUUCCGGCCGUCUUCAUCGGCGUCUCUGGCAUCUACGAACUACGCGACUUCAACGAGAGGCAUGCACGGAACUACACCUCCUUCAUCACCGCCGCAUUUGGUGAAGACGAGGCCGGCUGGAAUGCGUCAAUGCCGACCUGCUAUUCCGGAAACUUUAACGAGAGGCUCGGCUCUUCGCGCCGUGCCGUCCUCGCCCGGUCCAGCGAGGAUACCUUGGUUGAUGAACCCGAGAUCGACCGCAUGGCCAACAAGCUUAGGGGAGACGGGGUCCCGGUCGAAGUGGUCAAGACUUUGACAGGUGAUCACGAUUUUAUCUGGAAAGACGGCACACAGGUCGCCCAGCUCGUAGAGGCCGCCCUUCAUAAUCUUAAGCCCCCGGUCUUCUCAUAACUCGGCUGAGCUUAGUAUAUGUAGAGGUAGGAAUAUAUCCUCAAGUCUCACGACCCAUGCCAUUCGUCUCUCAGACGGCCACCGUGCUGGAGUAGCCCACGCCUCAUUGAAUGUUUACAAUCCGGCCUUUUCUACAAGCCAAG